AUGUACUUCUUCCUGGGCAGUUUCUCCUUGCUGCAGAUCGCCUUCACGUCUGUCUGCAUUCUCAGAUUCCUGGUCACCAUCGUCACUGGACACAGAACCAUUUCCUUUUCCAACUACUUCACUCAGCUGUUCAUCAUCAUCCUGGGGGUGACGAAGUUCUUCCUCCUGGCCGCCAUGUCCUACGACUGCUACAUCGCCAACUGCCGUCUCCAGCAGUACACGUCCGUCGUCUUUCCGCCAGUCAUCGUUCUCCUCCAUCAUGAUUUCUGCUCCUCCAAUAACAUCAACCAUUUCAUCUGUGAUUCUUCUCCCAUGCUACAGUUCUCCUGCUCGAACACACGGUUCUUGGAGCUGAUGGCUUUCCCGUUGGCCUUGGAGAGGCUCCUGAUAACCCUGGCUCUGGUUACUGCGUCCUAUACAGCCAUCGUCCGUGCUAUCCUGAAAGAGCGCUGUGCUCAGCAUAGGAGAAAGGACUUUUCCACCUACUCCUCCCACAUGGUCGUGGUAUCCAUCACAUAUGGCAGUUGCAUCUUGAUGUUCAUCAAACCAUGCGCCAGGUACAUGGUGGAACUGACCAAGGGGUUGGCGGUGCUCAACACUUCCAUUCCCCCCAUGCUGAACACCUUCAUCUACACCCUGCCGAACGAGCAGGUCAAGCAGGCCUUCAUGGCCCUGGUGCACGGGAUUGGGUUUUCUCCCGGGAAGUGA